AUGAGUUCUACGGCGGCAAAGGAAGCUUUGCCAGAUGAACCGCCUGUGUACACUGACCUUAGCCGACAGUUUGUACCGUUUAAGGAAUCCGACGAAUCUACUACACCACCUUUAACCAUUGAAGAAUUUGGUGAAUCUGUUAUACCAACUUUAACCGUUGAAGAAAAUGAACCCGAAGAGCAGUCAGAAAAUUGUUAUGAUGAAACGGUAAACCGAUCUCCUAGCAGUGAUUAUCACGGGAAUAUCGUUGGAUGUAAGACACCGGAAAUGUUAGAAGAGGUCAAAGUAGCGAAUGAGGAAUUGAGAGCAACUGCACAAAUAACUAAACAAUUCCGGAAGCGAAAUGCAAGGCGAAGAGGUGGGAAUGGUCUGUGUCCACCACAUCCGCCGGAAGAUGUACCAGUUGUGAAUUGGAGUGAGCCAAACGAAAUCAAACAUAUAUUCCCGAAAACGUAUAACUAUGUGGUUUACGCUCAAGCCCGUUACAGUUCCCAGUACCGCAACUUGUCCAAGUGGAGAAAGGAAUUUGAUUUUUUUCUUGAUAAAUAUAAAUAUUGGUGCGAUAUCAUUCAAAAAAAACAACUUACUGACCAUAAAGAAAUCACCAAAGCGAAACAACUUGUAGGACAACUCAGAUGGUUGCUUGACCACUGCUGGGAAGGGGAUGAGAGCAGGCCUUUGGUACCAGAAAUGUUAUGGAGAGCUCGAAAGGAAGAAGCUCGAAGAUGUGAACAAGUACUGAUUCGUAAGGAGUAUUAUAAAAGAGAAGUGCUAGUAAAGACCACUGUACCAUCAUUAUCUCGACGUACGAAUGGCAAUACGCAAAAAGCUUUGGGGAGAUAUAACUAUCAUCGUAGUUGUUCGCUUAAAGAUAAUACAAGGAAGCUUUCAUCCAUGUUUCAAAGCAAAACAGCAGAACAAGCUGGAACUAGCAGCAACGUUGUUGGAAUACCGAAUUUAUCGAACAAAAUAGAGACAAAGGAGGAACAAAUUGAUGCCCCAUCAAAUUUUUGGAAAGAGCGUGAUCAAAUUAUCAAGAAAAGAGCGCAUCUCUUUUCGCUCCAGUUUUUGGUACGUCGUUGGACAAGCUUGCUAAAACAGCUGCAAACGCCGUCAGGAAUAGUGCGUUCGCUAUCUCAGCACAGUGUUAUGCGAAAUCGUUUGGAAGAAUACGUCCAAGAUCUGAUAGCCACGUACGAAAAGAUCAGAGAUUCAGAGGAUUUCGACGAACAAAUAAUUCAACUUCUUUUACGGCGAGAUGUGCUGCUGAAAGAGGAAAUAUGUGAUAAUGGUUUGGAAUCGCUUACCAACAGCUGGGUUAUUUUCGAAUCGAAGUCACCAAAAGUUUUCAAAAAGAAGCUGGAUAGGGAAACGAGUUCUCGAGAACCAUCGAAAUCACCGGAGAAGUUUUCAUCUUCAAACACUUCAACAUUGUUGAAAGUGAGGGACUAUCUGGAUGAUGAUGUGAAAUCUGCUACAGCUGCGAUACUGAAUUCCAGAGCACGGCAAAUGAUGUGUGACCCGACAAAGGUCACGAAUACGAUGCAGCUUGCUUCAACAAAAGACAGUAGAACGACCAUGGCUGGUAGAUCUGGUUUAACAAGUAAAGCUGAGAUCCCUCGACCAGUGGCGAUUAAACCAUCUAACUUGACAGAAGAUGAAAAAAAUCGAUUGGAAUUGCAAGAAGUUGUAGCAGUGGAGGCAUUGUGGGCAGCAUUUGCUAAAACGGAAACACCAAAAUUCAAAGAUGACAAGCCAAUAUUGGAUGCUAUUGAAGCUGUUCUGAAUUCCUGUAGGAGUUAUCGAGCAGUACUUGAAGUUCCGCUACCAAAAACUCUUGCAGACCUACGACGUAACGUGAAAUUCCGUAAAAUUCACGAGGCUGUAGCGCUUCUACAAGCACUGAUAAUUCAGAGGCACGAAGCAAAAACAGGUCGUCGAGUUGAUCUAACUCUUUUUGAGUCUCCGGAAAUUAGAAGAUUUCGAGCACAGUUUGCUGCAUCAGCUGCAGCAAACAAUUCGAAUCCUACCGUUCCAGUGAGAUCAGCAGAAAUUGCUUCUCAGAUUUCAAGUUUAGUUGGCGUAAAAUCUUUGGAAAAUGACAUUAAGAAAGAAUUGGACAAGAUGCCACCCAAAAAGAAGCAAAAACAAUUGGGAGAAAAAAUAACUGAAUCUGGUAAGGAUGAGUUGGGAGGAGAAGCGAAAUCAGUGAAAAUUGAUGGCAGUAUCGAGAUGUUAACUACAAAUCGCCCAAAGCGUCACAUCAAAGCACCGCAAAGGUUCAUAUUUGACGACGAAGAAAAAGAAGAGGAAAAAAAGAGAAAAACGGUGACACGCGAACGAACAAAAACUACCAAAGGAUGCAAUCCAAAAAUGAUAGAGAAAUUGAAGGAAACGUCACAGCAUAUCAGUGGCCGCAAAGGGAAUAGUGAAGAAAAAGCUGAUGGAUCAUCAUCAUCAAUGGAGUUAUCAAACAUGGAAACCAUUGUAGUAAUUCCAGAAGAUGAUAGUAUCGAUGCGAAUGAUUGUAAUUGUUGGUUCUCAAACACUGAUGACAAAAUGCUUCUGGAUCUCAACUUAGUUGACGUAACAGCUGAGCACGAAUUGAGAUAUGAACGUGGUGGUGUAGUACAUGAUGUAUUUCGAUAUAUUGGUACCUGGAAAAAUGGUACUGUUAGAGAAGUAAGCAGACAUAUAUAUGAACUUUGGAAUAAUCGUAAGAUUGCUGAAAUAAACGGACAAACAACUGCUGAAGAAAACAAGAACAAGGAAACAAAAAGCACAGUUGAACAACAGCAAUCGGUAUCACUGGAAAUUGCACAACCGAAACAAAUAUCGUCUAUCAAUUUAUUGACAUACCCAGAUAAUAAUGGUAGUUCGAACGAACGGUUGAUAAACCAUAAUAAUGUCUCGGACGUUUAUUCGAAUAAUUCCACAGAUCGUUUGUCAACUGGACCAUGUAGUUCACAAAACAUUGCGUCCGAAGGUAUUUUCGGAGAACAGAGUGGAAAUGGAGAUUGUGGUCCCUGGCGACAAGUGGCAUUUCGAAAAGAGGCAUCGUUAAGCGGACCAGCGAAAAUGGAUAAAUUGAAGACUCAGUAUGACCAUUUGCUUAUGAUUUCGGAAAAGAACUACAUGGGAAAGUUGUGCUCAGACUGGUUGUAUGUUCCGGAAGGUGGUCCAUUCGAUGAUAGAAUAAAACAUAUAAGGCAAUUUAUUAAAGAACUGGAAGAUGUACUCAAUCAACCAGACUCUACGUGGAGGGACUAUUUCAACAUGAAAAAGUAUUUACAAACACUAAUUGAUAAUGUUAUGGUUGAUUUCAAUGCAUUAUCUGGACAAGCUGCAUUGGCUCAUUUCCCGUGUACAUCUGAUAUUGCGUUUUCAUCUAGCAGAAGCACUGUGAGUGAUACCGGACGCGAUAAUACCGAUGUUUCUAUUAGGCCAAAUUCGAAUUGA